AUGUCUUCACCAUUGGAAAGAACACUUCUCCGUCUCCAAGCCUCGCCCGAAGGUCUUGGUCUCGGACACUUUAUCAAGUCAUAUCUGACUCCUCAAGACAUGUUGAGCCUGAGGUCGACAUCCCACGCAUUGCACGACCUCUAUGAGCUCAACGAGGUGGCUUUCGAAACCAUCUACAUUCACACGCCUGUGCCUCCUGGUCGAAAACAGUACGCCAACCUACUGUCGAUUGCUGAACGGGGUUGCCGGCACGUUGUGGUCAGAAUCGCCUUUUCCCACAAUGCCUGCCAAUCACUUUUAAACAACGACCUCGACACUAGUAUCCUCACUCAUGACUCAGACAGUAGCAGCGAUUCGAUCUCUGACAUUCUAGAGACUUACUGUCCAUACGUCGAGCCGCCGGUCGCUUGGAAAUACAUCGUUCAGAAGAAACCUGGUGCGAUCGAUCAAAGUCUGCUCCAACAAUGGUGCGAUAUCUUCAAGCUCUUGCCAGAGAUGGAAACUCUCAAGAUCGCAUGUAAUGGCGAUCCCGAAUGGCCCGGCUGCACUGAUAUCGAGAUGACACUUAUCAUGAUACGAAUCACUUUGGAGCGUAUCAACCCCAAGCACAUACAUACAGUAUGCUUGUCUCCCAUCCAUGCCAUGGGUAUCAUGCACCUCCGCUGGGCUGGGAGCGGCGCGUACGGAGAAGCGUGUACUUCCAGGGAUCCGAUCUGGUAUCGGCUGAAAGUGUUGAAGCUGGAUAUCACCAGCCCAUAUUCCGAUGGCUUGUUGCCUCAAUCUCAGAAAAGUCUGUUUGAGGAGAUCUUGGUUGAUUACCUGCACAGUUUCAGUCGAACAUUGACUAGACUUGAUCUUGCGUGGAUUGGGGUGGAAGGUCUGCACCCCUUCUGUACCAAAAACAACCACCGCGGGAUGAAGUUGACAAGAAGCUGGGACAGGCUGGAGGAGCUGCGGCUAGCUAACGUGAGUCGAGACUGUGGCACUUUAGUAAACAGCCAACUCGCUCCUGAUUUGAAAAAAGUCGUGAUCUCGAAUGAUACACCGGACACAAAUGAUCGUUUGGCGCACGAUGGAUGGAAAAGUUACCUGAGCGAGGAUGAUGGGGUGCACGAUAAUCACAACGCAAGCUGGAUGACCUUACAAGAUGUGCGCAUCUCAGCAAUACCUGAAGCACUCUUCCAACAUCGCCUUUCAUGA